UGAGACUCAGAUGAGCCUGACAAAAAAUCUUUACACUGCAAAGGCAAAUUGAGAGACGACACGGAGGAGAGUCAGCAGGACCCAGAUGACCACUUUCUUUUGAGGCCCCCAGUGACAGUGCACCACCAUUUUGCAAGCUGCCAAGUCACAACCUGCUUUGAUUACAAGGGUUGAGGUUAUUUGGAACAGGAAAACAUUUUUUGGACAUAAGCUCAAUCAGUGGUUUAUACUGUAUAUAUGAGAAUCAAACAGGAAUCUAUGGACUAAAAUUAGUGGAAAUUCCAUUGCUGCAUGUGUAACCACACUUGGAUUUUAUGUCUGGGGUCAUAACUAGCAAAGUGCUCAAACAUGGCUGCCACUGCCAUCAUGGAAGUGGCAGACAUCACUGUUGUAGUAAUCUACUUUAUCCUGGUACUAGCAAUUGGUUUGUUUGCCACGUGGAAAGCUAAUAAGAGCACAGUGAGCGGGUACUUUCUCGCUGGUCGCUCUAUGAAUUGGGCGGCUGUAGGAGCAUCUCUAUUCGUCAGCAACAUAGGAAGCGAGCAUUUCAUUGGACUGGCUGGAUCAGGUGCUGCUACUGGGUUAAGUGUGGCUGCAUGGGAAUUAAAUGCUUUAAUAUUGCUCCAGUUGUUAGGCUGGAUAUUUAUCCCUGUGUAUAUUCAAUCUGGAGUCUACACCAUGCCGGAGUACCUGUCCAAACGGUUCGGCGGAAACAGACUAAAAGUGUAAUUUGCAGCAUUAUCACUCAUCAUGUACAUAUUAACAAAGUUGUCUGUGGAUCUCUAUGCCGGGGCCUUGUUCAUUCAGGAAUCCUUAGGGUGGAACCUCUAUCUGUCAAUCAUCAUCCUCAUCACCAUGACAGCUGUGUUGACAGUCACUGGAGGUCUGGUUGCUGUCAUCUACACGGAUACAGUCCAGGCAUUGCUCAUGAUCGCCGGAGCACUGUGCCUCACAGGCAUCAGCCUCUUUAAAGUGGGAGGGCUUGAAGGUGUAAGGACCAAGUACAUGCAGGCUACUCCAAACAUCACUGCCAUCUUGCUGUCUUCACCCAACCUGACAUAUUCUGAAUCUUGCUACCACCACCUCCACCCGAAGCCAGAUGCCCUGAAGAUACUUCAUGGCCCAAGGGAUCCAGACCUGCCUUGGCCUGGUUUCUUACUGGGCCAGACUUUUGCCUCUAUGUGCUACUGGUGUGCAGAUCAGGUGAUUGUACAGCGGGUUCUGGCAGCGAAGAACAUAGCCCACUCCAAGGGUGCUACUCUCAUGGCUGGCUUUCUGAAAAUCCUCCCCACGUUCAUCAUUGUCAUCCCAGGGAUGAUUUCCAGGAUCUUCUUUCCUGAUGAGUUGGCCUGUAUCAGCCCAGAGCACUGUAUGGAAGUGUGUGGUUCUGCAACUGGCUGUAGCAACGUAGCUUACCCACGUCUCGUCAUGUCUGUGAUGCCUGUUGGUCUCCGCGGCCUAAUGAUGGCUGUCAUGAUCGCAGCUCUAAUGAGCGACUUGGACUCCAUCUUCAACUCAGCAAGCACCAUAUUCACAUUGGAUAUUUACAAGAUGAUACGAAAGAAGGCGUCAUCCAGGGAGUUGGUGAUAGUCGGCAGGUUGUUUGUGGUUUUCAUGGUGAUCAUCAGCAUUGCCUGGGUGCCAGUUAUUAUUGAGAUGCAGGGAGGCCAGGUGUUCUAUUACAUCCAAGAAGUAAUUGAUUACCUGACUCCACCUGUAGCUGCUCUCUUCUUGCUUGCUGUCCUGUGGCAUCGCUGCAAUGAGACGGGUGCCUUCUGGGGUGGGUUAGUAGGGUCUUCCCUUGGUAUAUUGCGUCUGAUUUUGGCAUUAGUCUACCGUGAGCCUCACUGUGACCAGCCUGACGAGCGGCCAUCUUUCAUCAAAGAUGUUCAUUUCAUGUAUGUGGCUGCCAUCUUGUUUUGGGUGUCAGCUUUGGUGACUGUAGUUGUGAGUCUUUGCACUCCUCCGCCCAGCAAAGAACAAAUCAGAAGCACUACUCUGUGGGGGUUAAACAAGAGAAAGAAACUAAAACAGCAUGAAAAAGAGAAAACUGGAGACGCUGACAAUGCUUUGAAGCCUCUGAACCAUACAGGUCUAAAUGCAAACAGUGUGCUUGGUGAGAAAAAGAGCAGUCAAGACCUCCCAAAUGUGCUCAGUGUUGUUGACAGUCAUACUGUCACAGCCAGUGACAUAGAACCACGCCUUUCAAACCAGAAUACUCGCACCUCUUUGUUUUCUGAUGUUAAAAUGGUAGAAGAGGGAGAAGGGAGAGGAGUGAGGGAUGAUGAGAAGGAAGGCUACCUUGGAGGAGGAGGAGGACUGGAGAGUGGGAGGUGUAUGAAGACUUUAGAGUGUUUAUGUGGCUUCCGGGAGAAGCCAAUUGAAGCUCAGGUCUUUAAAGUUCAAGAAAAGGAGCGGAUCGUGGAUGAGCUUCUCCAUGAACCUCCACAAACCAGAAUCAUCCUGAACAUAGGACUGGUAGUAAUUUGCUUUAUCGAUAUCUUUCUCCUUAUCUAUUUCUCCAUAUAAGCUUGUUUAGUUCCAAGCAGUGGGACACAUUUAUCCUUCACCAGAUUGGAUCCCCGAUGAGUAUGUCAUGUGAUGUGAGGGUCCACGUGUGACCUUGUGUGUGCUUUCAAGAAAAUAUUACAGCUACAAGUGGGCAAGUCAGAAAGUGACAAAGUACCAUUCUGAGUUACAGAAACAUUGCAUGCGAUAGUCCACCGUCCACCUUUGCUUCCCGUCCCUUUGUCACUCUCUCCUUCCCUCUCAAACACACAUACACACCUUUGAGAGUGCCACUCUUUGAGGGCACCUGGGGAACCAACUUUUGGUUUGUUUGUUUUUUUAAUAGAGUAAAUAAGUGCUUUGUCAUAUGUUAUGAAAUGGAUGUGGUGACUGUUGAGGUUUUAGUAGGCUUCCAACAAACUAGCUUAUACAACAGAAGCGUUUCCACAAUACACUUCAGUUAUGGUACCCAUUGAACUCGUAUGUAGUCCAUACCGACAUAUACCCAAACCUUCAAACUGUUUUACUGUCUGCAUUUCCACUGCUGACAGUACUCUUAAAUGUAGGGGAGUAGUUAGUUCAGAGCAAAAUAAAAAAGGCUGGAGUGUGAAGAGUCUUUCCCAAUCAGUGGGAUAUUUAAAAAGAACAUUUUUGUGCAUUGAGUCCUUGUUGGGCAAGAGUGACGACUCUCUCCUAAACAAUUAACAGACUCCUGUGUUUCUAGAUUCAUCUUUUAGACAUUGGACCAGUGUGCAAGGUACCUUAGCAGAGGGGUAUUAAAAAACAGGACAGAAUGGAUGUUGUUGGUGCCCUCAACAAAAUUUUUGACGAUAGAAACACAAAAGUAGCUAUUCUGAUGUGAAACAAAUUGAACUAAACCAGACAGCUUGGUAGAGACAAGGUGCAAGUGUCAACUCUUAAUGUUCACAGAGCGGUCAUGGAUGGUACAUUAAUUGCAAUAUAUUUGGAAAGAAACCUGGUGACUUUUGUCAAGUAUUGAUUAUUAGUUUGAAAGGUACAAAAAUUGAUGGACGCAACUUGCCGAAUCAGAUGUCGCAUAGUUACUGAACAAAAGACUAUCUACAGUGAGACCAUGUCUCUAUCUACAGUGAGACCAUCUACACAAGUGUCUUGUGUAGAUGGUCUCACUGUAGAUAGUCUUUUGUUCAGUUUCACUGCCCCAUAAGUUCCACUAAAAGAAAUAUAGUAUUUGUCUUUCUAAAGGGGACUAUCAAGAACCCACUCAAUAGGACAGAGGUCCACAAAUCCCAGACUUUAGGAGAUGAGUGCAAAUGUUUGGUGGGAAUACAACACCAAAAAAUGGCUUUUAUGGUGGUGGUCUGUAAAUUCUUCAAUGAAAUGGGAAAACACCCAGGAAACCUUGAGCACCCCACCAUCUGCUGUGGUUAAACAGACACUUUAUCUAUAUUAACAAUCGUUAUUCCAUUGCUUUGACUAGACAAUCCACUGGUUUGAAAUGGAGCUAAAGGCUAGCUAGCAAGGGACCCACUGAGGUCGAAGUUACCCAGAGGUUUUGGUAAUGGUUUCUUUACAUGGGGAAAGCACAAGAGUUUAUAUAUGUAAGUGCAACUUAAAAUGUUUUAAAUAUUUUUGUACCUUUUAGUGUCACCUGUCAUAUUUUGCUGUGUGGAAUGUAUAUGUACAUACAGUAUAUGCUUUACAGCUAUGUAACACCACUGUGUAAAACACAACACUGUGUUAGUGGAAAUGUAUAAAUAAUCCUAUUAUGUUUCGCUUUUUCUUGGCAGUCUUUUAUAUUUCCAAGGGUAGUCAUGUUCAAUACAUACAUGAGUACAUGCCAGAUGUUUUGGGAGAUAAGCAUUAAAUAUGAUGUUGUCAUGUUUUUUUUUUUUUCAUUUUCUACACGUUUCAUAGAACUCAAGGGUGCCUUCCACUCAAUAUAAUAAUUUUACGAGUGUAAUUGUGAAUUAUGGUGUUAUUGUUUUAAUAUGUAAGAAGUGAUGUUUAGCCUGAUUUCUUCUGUGAAGGAGAGGACCUCCUCUCCAAAAACUGAUCCAACGAAUGUAAUCGUGUUAGUGUAAUAACACUGAAGUUUAAACAUUACACACUAUGCUUUGUGGGCUUUCUUUCGGCUGAUGUGCUUGACAGAGAUUAAAAACAAACACACUGUGAGUUUUUGUUGAUUUAUUAUAAUGACAAGUCAUGGGUUGUGCCUUCUCAAAUAGGUUAGUGGAGAUAUUGAAGUUGCAUCAGUUAUAUCAGAAUUGGAGAGAUCCCCUGCCAAGUAACAGUUUCCAAUGACGGCUUUUCAGAUAACUUCCUUUAACAAACCCAUCAGGCGCGUCAGAUUAGGGACACCGAGCAGCACAAAGUUCCCAGGUGGAUAUUCCCAGCAAGUUUAUCGUUGGCAUAAUCCCUGUUUUAAACUAUACAAUAAAAACAUACCCAACACUUUA